AUGACCGAGUCUUCCAUCUCCUCCGUCAAACAGUCGUCUCCGGUGGAGGAGGAGAUCAAUCAUCAUCAUCAUCAUCAUCAAGAUCAAGAGUCCCUUCAAACCAAUAACAAGAAACGGGUAAGACCCGACCCGGGUUACCGAGGCGUCCGGAUGCGAUCAUGGGGCAAAUGGGUCUCCGAGAUCCGAGAGCCUCGCAAGAAGAGCAGAAUCUGGCUAGGCACUUUCGCCACGCCGGAGAUGGCCGCGCGUGCGCACGACGCGGCGGCUCUCACCAUCAAAGGAACCUCCGCCGUUCUCAACUUCCCGGAGCUCGCCACCUACCUCCCCCGUCCAGUUUCUUCCUCUCCCCGUGACGUUCAAGCCGCAGCCGCCGUUGCCGCCGCCAUGGACUUCUCUUCCUCCUCCUCCGCCGUGGUGGUCUCCGACCCUACCACCGUCGUCCCGGAGGCGCAUUUAUCUUCUUCCUCGAGCUACUCGACGUCUACGUCUACAUCGUCAUUGUCACCAACGAGCGAAGAAGCUGCGUCGUCAACGGCGGAAGAGCUGAGCGAGAUAGUGGAGCUGCCGAGUCUAGAGACGAGUUACGAUGAGUCGUGGAGCGAGUUUGUGUACGUUGACCCGGCGUAUCCACCAAGUUCGCCUUGGUAUUUUAAUAACUGUUAUAGCUUUUAUUACCACAGCGACGAAAAUGGCAUUUCGAUGGGUGAACCUUUUGAGUCUUCCAAUUUUGGCCCCCUUUUUCCUUAG